AUGGCUGUGGUCUUCUCCGCUCGAGCUCGCAUGCUCUGGGGCCACGCGCCUCGCGUCAGGUCGGCGGCAGCAUUCAGGCGCACUCUCGCUACUGUGGCCGACCUUCCAGCACAGGAGUCUGUACCUGUUGAUGUAGUCGUGAUAGGAGGUGGCCAUGCGGGAUGCGAGGCCUCAGCAGCUGCUGCCCGAACAGGCGCCCGGACGACUCUCGUUACGCCGUCGUAUGACAACCUGGGCGUAUGCAGUUGCAAUCCCUCUUUUGGUGGGAUUGGGAAAGGGACCAUGUUGCGCGAGAUUGAUGCCUUGGAUGGCUUGGUUGGACGCAUCACAGACCAGGCCGGCGUGCAGUUCAAAGUGCUUAAUAGAAAGAAGGGACCAGCAGUAUGGGGGCCUCGAGCACAGAUUGAUCGUGCACUAUACAGGAAGCAUAUGAGAGCAGAGAUGACACAAUACCCUGGACUGACGGUCAAGGAGGGUAAAGUGGCAGACAUCAUCGUGGACCGAUCACCCGAGGCGGCAGCAGAAGGCAGGCAUGGAAAGAUAACCGGUGUGCGACUGGAGUCUGGCGAGGUCAUCACUACGAAGAAUGUGGUGAUCACAACGGGGACAUUCUUGGGCGGCGAGAUACACAUUGGACUAGAAGUCUACCCCUCUGGUCGCAUGGGCGAAGCGGCGACAUUUGGGUUAUCAAAAUCGUUGAAAGAUGCAGGCUUUCAGAUGGGGAGACUGAAGACGGGAACACCUCCGAGACUUGAUAAAAGAUCUAUCGACUUCUCCAAGCUGGAAGUUCAGCCAGGUGAUCAGUCGCCAAUGCCAUUCUCUUACCUCAAUGAACGUGUAGCAGUGGACGAGCAACUCGACUGUUGGAGCACAUACACAAAUCCACAAUCGCACGACAUCAUCAGACAGAACCUCGACAAGAGUAUCCAUAUUCGCGAGAGCGUCAAGGGUCCGCGAUAUUGUCCGUCGCUGGAAAGCAAAGUGUUGCGCUUUACGACUAAGACCCGACAUCUAAUCUGGUUGGAGCCCGAAGGAUUCGACAACGAUGUGAUUUAUCCAAAUGGAGUGAGCAUGACGGUUCCCGCUGAAGCACAAGAAGCCAUGCUCAAGACUGUGGUCGGACUGGAGAAUGUCAAAAUGCUUCAGCCUGGCUAUGGAGUCGAGUACGAUUACGUUGAUCCUCGCAGUCUGCGAAGUACUCUCGAGACCAAAGCCAUUGGGGGGCUCUUCCUUGCGGGUCAGAUCAACGGUACCACAGGAUAUGAAGAAGCUGCCGGUCAGGGCAUUGUGGCUGGCAUCAAUGCAGGGAACGCUGCUGUGGGUCGCCUCCCUUUCACCAUGUCACGUGCAGACGGCUACAUCGGUAUCAUGAUCGAUGACCUUGUGACCAAAGGUGUGAGCGAACCAUACCGGAUGUUCACCAGUAGAAGCGAGUACCGAAUGUCAGCUCGAGCUGAUAACGCAGACCUGCGUCUAACAGCCAAGGGCCAUGAAGCGGGCGUUGUUGGGCAAAGGCGAUGGUCUUCCUUCAAAGAUGAGCGAAGUCAAAUGGACGAAUUGCGUUCUUUGCUCCAGGAGAAAAAGUUCAGCGCGCAAACGUGGAUACAGAACGGCUUUCCUGUGCGUAUCGAUACAACCAGACGAUCCGCGUUCGACCUCCUCCGACACGGAACUAUCACGAUUGAAACACUUAUCUCUCUAAUCCCCGAGAUUUCUCAGUAUCCAGCACGAAUACGUGAUCGAGUCAACAUCGAGGGCAUGUACGCACCCUACAUCUUGCAACAAGAGAACCAAGCUGCUGCCUUCGCCAAAGAUGAAAGCCUCUUGUUACCCCCGAAUUUAGACUAUCACGCAAUUCACGGCUUGAGCUGGGAGGAGAAGAAUAUUCUGACAGAAACCAGGCCUGAGAGUAUUGGUCAGGCCAGAAGGGUCGAGAAUGUCACACCUGCUGGUGCACUGAGCCUUCUCGCUCACGUGCGGGGUACAUGGAAACGAGAACAGAAAGCGAGAAUGUUCAAGGAAGUCACUGAAAGUCAGCCACCUGGUCGAGAGGUUGAGACAUUGGCAUGAGUAAUGCCACGACCAUGGACAGGUCUUGCAUACCUGUAGCUUUGGAUGAAAAAGUGUAUAUUAAAUGAACGCUUCACGAUGUACAACAGAACAGGCUACACACCAGCUGAACCUAUGAAUCUCCGAA